GUACGGUGAUCAGUCUAUUCAAGAAAGUUUUAGGCGCACGUGAGGUGGCGUUACAGCUACACCCGAACUUCAACCAAGAGGAAGUGAGAGACUUUGACAACACACAGGACGUGCCAGACGAUGUGGUCCACAAGAUCCGCACCACCUUCCCUCUGGCGAGUUUAGCGUAUGAGGGCAAGGCCAAGAUAGUCAAGAAACUCGAAGAC